GGGGGUGUUGAUGGUUUCGGACAGUGGCACAGACAUUUAGUCGUGUUGUUUCACCCCAGCAUUAAUUUACAUGAACUAUUAACAAGUCCAACCUCGAUGACUCUAACCAACGGCUGCUGUUAGAAUAUUUUGUAUGGAUCCACAUAUGCCAACUUUAGCGUUAGACCGCGAUGAUGAUGCCACGGUCCGCGGCUCGUUCCCUGAGCCUCUUUAAGCGCCCAAAAGUGUCUCACCACAUCGCGACCAAAGCCCAUCUAAUCGAAGAAGGAACGCUGAAGCACUAUAACCCGGAACUAUACUGCCCCGUUCAUACAAACGAACUUUUCCAUCAGAGAUAUAGAACAUGCGUCAAACUAGGCUACGGUGGAUACUCAACCGUCUGGCUCUGCGUUGACGAGACAAAUAACUCAUACAAGGCCCUAAAGGUUGGGACUCGCAGGGUUAGCAAAUCUAUGACAAAGGAAGUCCAAGUUCUAGUGUACCUUAGAAGCCUGAAGUCUGUGCACGAUGGCCAAUCUUGGGUUCGAAUGCCUUGCGAUACCUUCCAGAUAGAUUCCCCUGGCGGCUCACACGCCUGCUUAGUGUACGAGCCCCUUGGCAUAAGCUUGCUAGAGCGCAUCGAUCUCCAACCUGGCAAAAGGCUCGAAUUACCCCUUGUGAAAGUGGCUACAUACUGUUUACUCUUGGCAAUUGAUUACCUCCAUAGCUCUGGGGUUAUCCAUACAGACAUCAAACUAGAUAACAUCCAAGAAGCGCUUCUAGAUGAAGACACGGAAGUUCUCAAUAGGCUCGGCGAAGCAGAGCGCAGACAGCCAAGCCCCCAAAAGAUUGUAACUGAUAGAGCGACCAUAUACACCUCUCGCCGACUAGACUACGAAUCGGGUGUCGUAUAUCCAAUACUCACGGAUCUAGGAAUGGCUGUCUUUGGCUCAGCGGAAUAUACUCAUACGAUCCAAGCGAUCCCGUAUCGUGCCCCAGAAGUCAUUCUUGGAAUGAAGUGGAACGAAAGCGUGGAUAUUUGGAAUCUUGGCAUCAUCGUAUGGGAGCUCCUCUGUGGAGAACACCUAUUUGGUAGAGACAACGAGCUGGACACCCUUGCCUCGAUGAUCAAAUAUUUAGGACCGCCCCCAGCAGAAUUCCUAAAGCGUGGUGAUAAGCAUUUGCAGUAUUUCGACGAGCAAGGAAACUGGAAAGGAACUCCUCUAGAACCUACCUCGUUAAAGGAUAGACUGGAGGAGGGUGGGGAUAUCGACAUGUUUGUUGAUUUCGUGCAAGCUAUGCUGUCGUGGGAGCCGGAGAAGAGACUGUCAGCUGCGGCGCUACUUAAGCAUCCGUGGCUACAGUAGUAGAUUGUACCAUUGUAAUUAUAACGGCUGUAUUAAAAGAUAGGAAUCGUGGAUGUGGGAGAUUGCGCCUCUUUGUUUUCUUCACAGAAACUGUAAACAGUUGCCUUUAGCACAGUCGCUGUCUUUAGCUUUGAUAUGCCACGAGAAUCUGCUACUUG